AUGUCAACCCCUUCACCCCACGAUCGCAGCCGCAAUGACGAUGAGGAUGACCCCGUCGAACAGAUGAUAUCACGGACCGGCUGUGCAGAGCUACAUUAUGCCGUACAAGAGUGCAUGGCUGAACACCAGGACUGGCGAGCUUGCCAGAGCCAGGUCAGGACUUUCAAAGACUGCAUGAUGGAUUUCCAAAAAGCCCGCAAAGAACACCUGAUGACUCAGCAGUCCACCAAGCCCACAGCCAGCUGA